AUGCUCAGGACGCUGUCCUUGCCAGCACCAGUGACAAAACCUGGAACAAUCGAAGUGCUCGGUAGGCACUACCCAACAGACUCCUACACAAACAUCACUCCUGCCAUCCUCUCUCGGCUCAAUGCACGGCUAAUUGACAAACCUGCGCACCCACUUGCCACCCUCAAGGCGCUUAUUGAGGACUACUUCGCCGACUAUGCGCUUUUCAGCAGCUUCCCGCCGCUCGUCACCCCGAAGCAGAACUUUGACGACCUCUCCUUCGCGCCUGACCACCCGGGGCGUGCAGUCACAGAUAGUUACUACGUGAAUAAGGACUUGAUGCUCCGAACACAUACGAGCGCGCAUGAAGUCGAGAUCUUCGCGGCGGGACAUAAAAAAUGGCUCCUUACAGCCGACGUGUUCCGUCGAGACGAAAUUGACGCGAGUCAUUAUCCCAUUUUCCACCAGAUGGAGGGCGCACGGCUCUUCAAACACGACCGCACAGCAACCUCCGCAUCUCUAAUCGAAGAAAACGAACGACUAAGCUCUGAACUAUCUUAUGAAAACGUCCAACUAGAGGAUAAGACGCGCGUAGACUCGGGAAACCCGUACCAGUCAUACCAUGACCCCCAACUCGCAGACCUCGUCACUCAAAAUCUUAAAUACACGCUCUCGUUAAUGUUUUUCAAGCUCUUCGCUGGUGUAGCGGGAGCGUCAAAAAGUAACCCGUUACAAAUCCGUUGGAUACCCGCGUUCUUCCCGUUUACGUCCCCGAGCUACGAAGUUGAGGUUCUCUUCCGUGAUAAAUGGCUUGAACUUCUGGGCUGCGGCGUCAUCCAACAAGCAACAUUGGCCAAUUCCAAAAUUGAGAACGAAAUCGGCUGGGCGUUUGGUCUGGGACUCGAACGUAUCGCAAUGAUUCUCUACCAAAUUCCUGAUAUCAGGUUAUUUUGGUCGGAGGACCCGCGUUUCCUCGGACAAUUCCAACCAGGCAAAAUCACGACGUUCAAACCAUUCUCCAAGUACCCUGGCACAUGGCGAGACGUUAGCUUCUGGUUACCGGAGCGCUUUCACUCGAAUGAUUUCUGCGAUAUCGUGCGCGUUGUUGCUGGGGACCUAGCGGAAGAAGUGACACUGUUUGAUCAAUUCAAGCACCCAAUGACAGGGAAAGAGAGUAUGUGCUUCCGGAUCACUUUCAGGUCAAUGGAAAGGAACCUCGAGAACACCGAAGUCAAUGUCUUAACCAAUAUCAUCAAGGACCGCGCAACCAAAGAGCUAGGAGUAGAGAUUCGUUAA